AUGCAGCCCCUCACAUUAGCCGCCAUCGGCAUCGCCCUCGUGGGCUUCGUGGCCAUCUCCAUCCUGAACAAUGCACGACGUCCCAAGAAGUCAGAGGCAGAACAUCAAUUGCCUGGGCCAAGGCUAUUCCCCAUCAUUGGACGCAUUCAUGAUAUGCCCAUCCAAAAGAUGUGGAUCAAGUUCAAGGAGUUUGCAGAUAUCCAUGGUCCCAUCUACUACACCGAGAUGCUUGGCACGAGUUUCAUCAUUGUCUCUGAUGAGAAGAUUGCCGAAGAACUUCUUGUCAAGAAGGCCAAGUACAACUCUGACAGACCUGCUGUCCCCUCGCUCUUCGACUCAAAGAGUACUCAUGGCUCCAUGGAAUACCUUCCCUUGAUGGGCAAGAACCAAUAUUGGGCUAGACAACGUCGCUUCUCACAUGGUUACCUGACCCAAGCCACCAAUGCUGGCUACUAUGGUGUCAUGCAACAUGAAGUCAAGCGAUGGAUGUUCCGUCUGCUUGAGAACCCUGACGCCUUCAACUAUACUCUCGAGGAUAUGGCCUCCAAGAUCAUGUGCACACUCAACUGGGAUGACCCAAGCUUGAGCGAGUACUGCAUCACCAGUGCUUGGGGUCUUCUUACUCAAAUGUCUCCUGCUGGUCCCAUCACUAACAUCAUUACACCUCUCUGGAAACUCCCCGAAGCCAUCAAUCCCUGGAAGAAGGCCGAACACAAGCGUCAUGACGAACAGCAACGCUGGUGGAUGGAGAACCUCAUCCGUGUCAAGAAACAGAUGAAGGCAGGUACCGCCCGCUGGAGUUUCACCAAGCAAUUCCUUGAAACCGAGAAGACCAACAACCUCUCUGGUGACUACGAAGCAUCAUCUGUUCUCGGUAUGCUUGCAUUGGUCGGUAUCUUCACUGUUGCCGGUCCUCUCAACUACUUCCUUGUCGCCAUGGUCCACCACCCGGAGUGGCAAAAGAAGCUCCAAAACGAAAUCGACGAACAACUCGAAGGACGUAUGCCCAGCAUCGAGGACUUCCCCAAGUUGCCCAUUCUCCGCGCAUGUAUCAAGGAAUCCAUGCGCUGGCGCCCUAAUGUCCCCACCGGUGUCGCCCACGAGGCUGAGCAGGACGAUUAUUACCGUGGCUACUUUAUCCCCAAGGGCGUUCGUAUCCUGCCCCUCGACUACGCCUUCCUCCUGAACCCAGUCAAGUACCCCGACCCAGAGAGCUACCGCCCAGAACGCUGGCUGGAAGCCGGGUGGCCCACCUUCCAAGAGCCACUGACACAACACCCCAACAUCAAGGGCAUGACGUCCUUCGGCUUUGGUCAAAGACAAUGUCUCGGCAUGUCACUGACGCAGGACGAACUCAUCGUGGCUUGCGGCGCGCUAGCGUGGGCCUUCAACCUCAAGCGCAAGGUCGACCCUGCCACCGGCCGAGAGAUCGAGGUACCCACCGACAAGUGCAACUCUCUGCUCAUCGUCAAGCCGGACCCCUUUGAGAUGGCGUUUGAGCCUCGCAGCGAGGCCCGCAAGGCAGACGUCAUCCGCGAGUGGAAGAUCACCGAGGCCAAGGACAAUGAGGAGCGGGCUGCGUAUGCAAAGGCCGCAGCGCUUGGAGAGACGAAAAAGUUUGACGAUAUCGUCAUCUAA